GGCCCAUUUAUUGGACGAGUGGAGGAGGGUGGCAGCUCAAAGCUCCACCUUAGUUGUCGCUCCCGUAUCUGUGGAUUGUUGGAACUGGAAGUGGUGGGGAUGGAGGCAGACGGAAAAGUAGGGGAGGAGGUGUGCGUGACGGGUGCUAGCGGUUUCAUCGGUUCCACUCUCGUCCGCCUCCUCCUCCGCCGGGGCUACACCAUCCGCGGCACCGUCCAGAACCUCCAGAAUGAGAAGGAGACGAGGCAUCUAGAAGCAUUAGAGGGAGCGGAUUCGAGGUUGCGUCUCUACCAGAUCGAUCUACUAGACUACGACUCUAUCUUCUCCGCCAUCAAUGGCGUCGUCGGCGUCUUCCACCUUGCCUCUCCAUGCACUGUGGAUCAAGUUACCGACCCACAGCGGGAGCUUCUUGAUCCAGCGAUACAAGGCACGCUCAACGUGCUCAAAGCGGCGAAAGCGAGCGGCGUGAAGCGGGUCGUUGUGACUUCGUCCAUUUCGGCCAUAGUUCCCAGCCCUGGUUGGCCAGCGGACGUUGUUAAGGGAGAAGAUUGCUGGAGCGACGUUGAGUACUGCAAGCAAAACGGAUUGUGGUAUCCACUGUCGAAAACUCUAGCGGAAAAAGAGGUAUGGAGAUUUGCGGAAGAGACUGGACUGAAUGUGGUUGUGGUUAAUCCGGGGACCGUGCUGGGUACCAUUCUGCCUCCAGCCAUCAAUGCGAGCAUGGGAAUGAUUGUUCGUCUUCUUCAGGGAUCCACCGAAUCGUAUAAGGAUUUCUACAUGGGACCUGUACAUGUGAAUGAUGUGGCUCUAGCACAUAUUUUGGUAUAUGAGAACGCUUCUGCAUCAGGAAGGCAUCUUUGUGUUGAAUCUAUUGCUCAUUAUAGCGACUUUGUGGAAACAUUUGCAAGGCUUUAUCCAGAAUAUAACUUACCUAGGUUCACUGAGGAAACGCAGCCUGGGUUACUGAGGGCAAGUAAUGCAUCCAAAAAGCUGAUUGAUUUGGGGAUGCAGUUUAUUCCAAUAGAGCAAAUCAUCAAGGACUCGAUGGCUUCACUACGAGAGAAAGGGUUUUUGAAUUGAAAAAUGCUGCCCAGAAUAUGACAUGAUAUGGCAUGUUUUCUACGCUUUCAUGGUUUUCUGCAUCUAUAUUACUGUACGUAUUCCCAGCAUAAAAUGGUCUUUAAGCUUUGACUCUUCUCAUUAUGUA